ACAGUGGAGAACUGGUGUCUCAUUGGACUCAGGUUUUACUUUUCAGUUUAAAAUAAAUGAGUCUGUUGUGAAGUCUUAAGGAUGUGAAUGCAGCCCUCAGCCCGCGGCUUCACUACUGGCAGCAUUCAAUCUAGCUAAUGCGAUGCUGUGUUUAAUACAUCUCAGCAAGCUGCCUUAUAUAGUAGGAUAGAGAAAUGCAUGUCAUAGCCAUAAUGAUGUUGGCAGGCAUGAGUUAAGUAAAGUAGUUACUCUAAAAAGGAUUCCCUAAUCCAUUGCAAAGCUUGCUGUUUGAUUCCUCAAGGAUGCUGUGUGAACCUGAACAUUCCCUCCUGCUUCCCAGUAUGCUUUUUGAGGCCACAGUCUGGGUGCCACUGAUGGCGACAGCCCAUUUUAAAUUGUUCCCAGAGUGCAAGAAUGGCUUUGGAAAUACUAAGUGCCACCUGUAGAAAAAGCACUGACUGUCCUCAACACACAAAUAUAGUUCUAUGUCGCCAUAUUAGUAAUUCCCUUUCAUUUUCUGCUUCCUCUUUGAGACUGCAAUAGCUGCUUGCAUAUUAAAGUGAAAAGUCUACUCCUUUUAGCUCUUAUCAACCUUUGCAAGGCAAUGCUAUUAGUACAUGCUUAAUGUCAUGGAACCAAAGUCAAAGUCUUUAUCAAACUCCACUGGACGGGAGAAGCUGUCACAUUUAUAUUUUCCUAGCAAGAGAAAAGGUGAGUUAUUGUUGACAGUGCUGUAUAUCAGAUGAGUAAGAUAAUGAAAUGAGGGGAUAUAAAUAUUUUUAAGUUCUGCAGUUGAACCCUACCAUCCAAAAUGCCAGUGCUUGAAUUCCCGAGUGGUUGGUAGGAAGCUGCUUCUUCAUUAGAAAAGGAGGAUGUGUGGUGGAUAACACAUGAUGUGAAAAGUCCUGUCCUCUCUAAACAAGCUCUACCCUAUCUUUCUCUGACAUCCAAGCCGGAACCUGUCUAAUCUAGUUUCAGUCCUUUUACAAAUUAUGGUUUUAGAAUAAGCUAAGUUUCUUGGCUUAAUUUUUCUGAAUACAGAGAGACAGGCCUACAUGCUCAUCCUCCAAUGCCAUGAGCUUUUUUGGCACAAUUACUUUCCAGUCGUGACAGAGAGAGAAUACACGCCUGAGUGUUAGAUCAUGAGAACUAGGUGAGAGGAAAUCCUACCUGAUCCUAACAUAAGAAAUGUAGAUAAGCACCAUAUUUGUAAUCAAAUUUUUUCCUUCAGUUAAUAAUUUUUGAAUGCUACUUCAGUGUUUUUGGAUAUCUGGAAUAAAGAAAUCCAGCAUGAAGCUAGAUCAGACUUGGCUUCAAUAAGUUACAUUUUGCUUCCUUGUAGUCAAGUGUUGUUAGACGCCCACAAGUGCUCAGAAAAGCCUCAUACAUGUGCACAUUCUAAACUGCCUUAUUGGUAUUUGAGUUGAGAACUUAGUCAUUUGAAAUAUGUAAUUUUGAACCAGUCUGGUGGCCUGUUUUGUGAUGUGGCAUUUAAUUCUGUAGAAUAUGAAUACCAUUACUAAUAACAAUUACAUUAAAGAAUAACUAAUAAGAAGAAAAUUAGAAUCAUUGCUAUUGACCUGCAGGGCUUUUCAUGGAGCAGCAUGGAGAAUGUGUGUCCCUUUUCCCUUUUGGCCAAAAACCAAAUUUUAAUAUCCUUCAGUAAUAUGUGCCAAUGGUGCAUCAUCCAAGCAUAGGCUAAUGAGCAAAAUAGCAGAGAUGGUAACAGUGGAACUUCUGCUUUUGCAGAUGUUAACCAUGAGACUUCUGGUUUAGCAGCAUCUUAUCCCUGGUUCCUUGUCUCUCUCUCUGUUUCUCUGAUCCUGUAAUCCAGGUGAUUUUCCCAGCCAAGUCCCUGCCAGGUAGUGCUGGGUUAAUGAGGUACCCAAGGAAGGUCACUGGCUCUUGGGCAAUUGCACUGAUCUCUCUGUCUCUCUGUCCCAAAACAGGAACACCUGAAGAAAACUUAUAGUAGCCAGACCUGGCUCAGAAUGUGUAGAAGAUGGUGAUGGUGGCUGUGAAGUAGCUUUUGGGGCACGUUUUCUGCCAGGUGGGAAGAGAACAAGGCACUCUUGUUUUCCUUCCAGAAGUCUCAAUAUUUGCAGGGAAACUAGACACCUAGAAGCAGAGGAGGUAGAGAUUCCUCAGCAAACAAGUGAGGGUGUUAUGGAAGGGGUAGGCAAGGAAGGUGCUCAUCAGAAGAGAAGGAACACAGUGACUGACAAAACAAGGCUUCCCUGAGGACUUCUUGCAGGUAGAGAGUCUCCCUUAGUAGGACACUGGAAUUCUGAAAAGGUGUUUGCUGGGAAUCGCCAUGACUCCAGCCGAGACAUUCAUCUGCUAUAGUGUCUCUGACAGAGGGUUAUCUCCAGCCUUUCUCACCUCAAAACGCCUGCAGGAUCUGCACAACCAUUAAUCUGAUGAAAGUUAAGAAGGUGUAACUUGAUAUUUUCAUUAAUGCAAAACAGUCCUAGUAAAAGCAAUUUCAGAUGCCAAGGCUGUAUACUGCUCUAAAUGAGUAUAAAUCCAGCAAAAAACAAUGUGUGUAAUUUAAAGCAGAAUUUGAGCACAUAAGUUUUACAGAGUGUUUUGAAUAAACUUGUUUGGAUGCACAUUCUUAGCAAUACAGAACCCUGAACUCAGAGUACAUUCAGCAUGAAACUGGAACUACUCACAAAUUCCUAAGAAACUUGGUGAUUUCCUUUUAACAGUCACUCGGUUUGUGACAUAAGGCCAAAUAAGAUCAGCCUAUCAGCUGUGCUGUCAGUGCAUGUUCUAAACUGAUCAUGAGAGCUGGAUAGCUUCUGCUAUCAUGCAAAUGGAUUAGAGCUACUUUGUAAAACUUUGAAAAUCUUAGCUGUUAUAUGAACCUGAUUUUUCCAAUGACUGCAUAAAGAUCUGAUAUCCACCUAACAAAAUGUUCCAGAUCCUUCCAAUGCUGUUACUGGAAACACAGAUCCGUGUGGGUUCAGCUUUGUUUACAGUUGAAGUUCCUCAACAAGUAUACGUUGUGGAGUAUGGAAGCAAUGUGACCAUGGAAUGCAGAUUCCCUGUGAAUGGCUCAUUAAACCUAGAACUUCUGACUGUUGUUUGGGAACAAAAAAAGCAGGGCCAGUCAAAAUCAAAAGAGGUGUACACACUCCGCAAUGGGAAGGCAUUCCCUCCAUCCCAACAUCAUGAUUCCAUAGGAAGAGCAGCACUUCUGCUCAGUGAACUGAAAUUAGGACGAGCUAUCCUUCAGAUCACCAGUGUGAAGAUCACAGAUGCAGGAUCAUACCUUUGCCUCAUUGACUACCAGGGCGUGGACUACAAGUACAUCACUUUGGAAGUAAAAGCAUCCUACAGGAGAAUAAACACUCAAGUAAUGAGAAAACCAGGUGAAGACACAUUUGUUUUCAUGUGCCAGUCAGAAGGCUUUCCUCUGGCAGAGGUUUUCUGGCAAAAUGAGAAGAAGUUAAAUCUCAGUGGCUCUGCAAAUACCACAUAUACGCUGACCGCAGACGGCCUCUACAAUGUCACCAGCAUUCUGGUGUUCAAACCAAAUCUGAGUGAGAACUACCGUUGCGUGUUCUGGAAUAAAGAACUGGAUGGAGAAACCUCAGGUCACAUUUCCACUUUAGCUUUAAUUAGCACACAGCAUAGCGGACAAAAAUCCCUGAUCUUAUUUAUCAUCCCCACGUGUGUGAUGGUAACUGUCCUUCUUUCUGCACUAAUCAUCUUUCAAAAGAGAAAGUCUUUCAAGAGUAGGCAACCCAAACAAGAUGGAAAAAGAAAACUGAAGCCAAGCCUGAAAGAUGAGAACGGAGAUGAUUUUAACUCUCAGGAUGAGGUUUUAUACUUGUCAACUACCACAGCGUCGAGGGACAGCGGGAGUGUGGGGCUGUGAAAACUCUUCAUCUCACAUGCCAUACUUUGCACUUUUUAUAUCUGGUUUUGGGGACUUCAAAGGAAAGUUACAGCACUUUAGCUUCGGAACGACCAGUGAACUCAUGGGGAUUUAUUGGCACUGCAGCAAUGGGAAGCUAUGCCUCUUCAGCUACCAUAUUUUGAAGUUACUGAGAAUUAUGCUGUCAUGAAGUGUGGUUUACCAUUGUGAAGAGGUUAUCUGGGUGCCUUUGAUACACUUUACUUUUGGACUUACUCAAGGAAUUUUUGUUUAAGGAUGCCUUUAUUAACUGUUCCUGUGUCAGGAGUGGUGCUUGGAUUCAAAUAUCUUGUGGUAAUUUGAAUAAAAGCUGUUCCUGUAA